GUUGCACUACGAAAUUGUUUUCAAAGACACGAAGAAGACACACGGAAGUGUCAAACAGCAUGCCGGUCUGUGGGCAUCCGAUCAUCAUAUUCUAUGAAUUCUCUUUCAUGACGUUAAUUCAAACAAAUGACUCAAAACCUAGCAGAGUUCAUUUUCAGGUCGGAACCAGUCUGUGACAGUUUUUAUCAGCAUGGCGUCUGACAGGCCUCAUUGCUCGUGCUGCUCCCAUCCUGUCUCCUCUCCCAGUGUUUACCAGACUCUGGAUGAAAUGGAUUUCGAACGAGGCAUCUGGUCUGCUGCAAUGGACGGUGACCUGGAGAGGGUAAAGUCUUUGAUCCAGAAGGGCACAGACAUCAACCUGAGAGACUCUUCUGGAUACACAGCUCUGCACUAUGCAAGUCGCAGUGGCCAUUUUGCUGUGUGCAAGUUUCUUCUAGAGAAUGGUGCAUGCGCGUCUCCUCAGACACCAGGCGGUGCCACGCCGCUCCAUCGAUCAGCGUACUGCGGUCACUUGGAUGUGGUUAGACUCCUUCUGCACCACCGGUCAAAUCCUACGCUCUGUGAUGACGACGGAGCAUCCCCUUUACACAAGGCUGCAGAACAGGGUCAUGAAGAGGUGUGUCGGCUGCUUGUUGAGAACUGUCCAGCACUUUGCAGCCAGAAGAACAAGAGGCUCCAGCUGUCCCACCAGCUGGCACAGCAGGGAGAUCUGCAGGAGCUCUUAAAGCCGCCAUGGUGACGGGGAACACACACUGCGUAUGGGGCAUGCUGUGUUUCUAAGAUCAGACAAUUGAAAUGAACUCAAAUUUACCAGGUGAGGUCCACAUGCAUCAGGAUCACGUUGACCUGGAUUCACCAUAUUGGACUGCUUUUAUUUCUCAACUGAACAUCAGCAAAGACGACUGAGUGAAACAGGGUGAACACAACAUGACAUUUUCUAUAUGCAUACAACAGGCAUCGACCUGUUUUUAAUUUAUUGUUAACUGCUUGUGUUCAAAAUACACACCCAAAGCAACCUGUACAACCUGUCCAAUAAUACCAGUUUCCACCGUCUGCUACUGCUGCUUGAUUCUUGUCUCAAGUAGUUAAACAAAAUUUCUAAUAAAGAGUAAGAUCUGACGCCUGCCUUCAUAUUGAAGGAACACUAAUAUUAUUUAAUCUAAAUUCUUGAGUGCUUUAGUGUUUGUUUCCUCAGCUGUUUGCAUUAUUGAACACUGAGAGAUAUUAUUCUUUGUAUCUGCUUCACUAAAGACCACCUGUCAGAUCAGCCAGAGCUGUGCAGCACACCCUUCCACAUUUGUGAACAAAUGAUUAUUAAAUAAUAAUUAUAUUUAAUAAAACAAUGACAGCUGCCAUUUCCCAAAUUUCUCUCAUUACUGACAAAGAGAAAAAGUACGUCAGCCUUUGUGCCACACUGAGAAAAUUGAGUCAUGCAGUUCUUCACGACCAAAAGCAUCUACCCUCCCUACAGUAUUUAUGAUUGUAAACUGAUGACGUACCAUGUUUGACACAGUUUACAUUAUGACUGGAGGCAGUUUCUAUCUGUUAGGAUUGUUGUUUGUUUAUUGUUAAAGAUCCAAAGUGUAGGAUUUAUGGGGCAUCAAAUAGCAUACAUGGACUUGAGUCAUUGUCACAUCUCCAUUCGUAAUCACCUGAAACUAAGAAUAAUGUUUUCUUAACCUUAGAAUUAGCCAUUCAUGAGGAGGAGGUCCUUUUCCAAGGAGUCCACCGUGUUCUACACAAGCACUUUAUAUUAAAACUGGCAACAUCUUACUGUAUAAGGAUUAUUUGUCAAACUUCAACCAACAAAUUUACAACCAUCAGCCACGACAUUAAAACAGAUAACUGCUUUUAUUACUGUGACAUGCAUAUAUGCCAUGUGACUUGAUCCUCGCUGGUCUUUUCAAAUCUCUUGCAGCAGGGGGCGCUGUUGUCUUACAAACGUCAUGUGUUUUUCAUCCAGUGCACCAUAUGAAUUCAAUGCCAGCUUUUACACAGUGACCUCAUUGGCUCCUCUUAGUGCAUUGCUGGAAAAUUAAACAGAAACUGUUAGAAAGAGAGAAAAGCAUCAGUGUCUCCAUUAUUUACCUUGUACUCUUGAAACAAAAAAAUAAAUCCGUUUUUCCUAAACUGCUGACAACCCCAUACAGACUGAUGAAGUGGACAUGGUCUUUAGGAACAUUCAUCUUCAGCCCUCAUCUUUCAUUAGUGGCCCGUUCCAAGAAGCAUGUCUCAAAUUACUUUAACUGUACUAGUUUCAUGUCCCUCUAAAUAUUUUAGCAAAGACUUGUGUCCUGCUGCUUCUAGUGUGAAACAUUGACACUUUUCACACUCCGAUCAGAAGCUGAUGUUCACUUCUUUUUGUAUUUUUAGUGAGUUAACGACCUGAAACCUGAAACUGUUCACAAACGUGGAACCUCUGGCUGCUGUUUUGUCACCUUGUGUUUUGAAAGAAAACGUAUGUGCAUGAAUAUAUCAUUGUUAAACAGUUUUAAAAGCAUUGGCAGGAAUUCAA